AAUUUGACUGACCCCAUAGUUUAUUUCUUUCUUUCUUUCAAUCCAAAGUCCAAACCACCGCCUCGCCUGUAAAGGAUGAGUGCUCUGAACCGAACCUUGAGCUCAUCAAUCUCGUUGAAACUCAACACCCCUUUCCCAAUUUUCGCGUUACCAAAUUCGAAACCAAGCGAGAUUCGAUUCUCCAACAGAUGGGGCAACGAGCAGCGAAAAGUCGAACGAUCUCUCUCUCACUCUCUCGCUCUCUUGGAUCAUCAAAGCUGCACAAGAAGAAGGGAUCAAAUUCAUUGCGGAGGAGGAGGUGAUCAUCAUCAUGUGGGAGUGUGGUGGGACCUGAACACGUGUCCUCUUCCGGCUGGUGUAGACCCUCGUUGUGUCCGUCCGUGUAUAGAAUCUGCCUUGGAGAAGCUGUUUGGUCGUCGUUCUGCAGUCAGCAUCUAUAUCUAUGCCAUAGGAAACCUAGAAUUCAUCUCUAGUGACCUCUUGCAAAACAUCUCUUCCUCCGGAAUCAUUCUUACUCAUGCCCCCUGCGGUAUGCACGACUUACAUGAUUUUCUUGUCGACUGGUCUGAGGAUGAGCUUAAAAACCCACAUCCUCCUGGUUACGUAAUGAUCAUCUCGAGUGAUUAUAAACUGCUUUACCCUGAGCGUUUUCGGCUUUUUCGAUUCACUACUUUUGUUGCAUAUCCAAAAGGUGUUCGCCUACUUGCCCAUCUUACCCAGCUAAAAUGUCUUGGCCAAGAGUUUGACGAAGUGUUUGCCAAAGAGUUUGUCUGGGAAACCUUAUUGAGUGAUAAUUUGGAUGAAACUUUAUUAUUGAGUGACAACAACACAUGUGAUGAGAAACCUCUCUGCAUUUGCAACAUAUGCUCUUAUGAUUACGAAGUAUGUGACGAAUUCAUCACUCAUCUCAAGUGUGAAGAGCACAUAAACCAGUGGUUUGAAAUUGUGCACGACCGCAAGCUUAAAUAUUUUUGCCAAGUUUGCAAUUAUCCCGCCUAUAGCCACUAUAACCUCUUUCUCCAUAACCAAAGUGAAGCACAUAAUCGCAAGCUGGUUGAGAAACAGGCUCAAGAAGAGGAGGAUUGCCAGAGCAGGAAGACAAAUCCAGAAUUGGAUCUCUUCUACGAGAGAAACAAGAAGCAAUCUCUUUGAACGAGGCAAACAAGAAGAGGCAGCCUAAGGAAGACGAAGAAGAAGAAGCUAGAGUGCAUGCAUCCCCAUGGGGUCUUUGUGUUAAAGAAUUUUACUAAAUAACGGAUUACUUAUUUAUUAUUAUUAUGCUGAAUACUUUGUUCUUCUACCACUGAAAAUAUUUCCAAGUCUGGUUUGUUUUUC